GAGAUAUUCUCCUUAACAGAAAUCACUUUCCAGAAACGCCUGAGCUCUGGAAUAUCAGUUACUUCCGUGACAUGUCACACAUUUGAAUAAUGCCCGCCCACUGGCUGAUUAGAUCCGCCCUCAAAUUAACGUGCAGCAGGGCUCCACUGGAAUCCAAUGCAAGCGGAAUCAAAUACAAUCUCACCAGCUCACUCACUCAACUCAACUCAACUUUAUUUAUAUAGUGCUUUUUACAAUUUUCAUUGUUACAAAGCAGCUGUACAUAAGACAUAUUGACUAUGAGCAAAACAAUUAAAGUUGUACCUGUAAAAACAAGAAAAAGUUGAACACAGAAGACAGACACACCCACAUACAAAACACUCCACACACACAAUAUGCACACGUACUAACACACAUAAACAUAGACACACACACACGGACGCGCACACACACACACACACGUACACAGACAAGUACGUGCACACACACACACGCUCAGUGAGAGCACACAUUUAGGAUAAAGGAGAGAGAAGCACAUGUCAAAUAUAACAGACUACAAAUUCCUAUAUGCAAUAUUAAUUAAGUAAAACUUUAAGAUUCUAAAGCAGCCCCCCCGGUCAGGCAAAUAGUGCAAAAACAGUAUGCAAACGGUGGCGAGGAACCCAAAACUCUACUCGAGAAAAAAAACCUCAGGAGAACCCAGGCCCAACCAGGGGAUUCCAGUUCCCCUCUGGCAAAAGCUGCUGCCUCUGCACAAGCUCCAGAGAACUUGCACAACAAGGCUAAAUAAAAUAAAUAAACUUAAUAAUAAAAUAAAUUAUAGUUUAAGAUUAUCAUUAAUAAUCUAAUAGCAUUUGAAAUUUUGUGGUGAAGACAUGUCAAGAGACCGCGUCCUUCUUUAUCCAGCUCUAUCAUCUCAGCUCUUGUCAGGUCCCCACUUCCCAUUCUCCGCUCUACCAUCAGGUCAGGCCAUGAACUGCAUCCUGCUCGCUGUGGUAACCUUGGAACAAUGAGACAAGACUGGCUGAGAGUAGAGUACUGUUCUGUACUCUUUGAUGCAACAAGUACAUCAGUUGUGUUUUUGGUUCCGGUUGAUCUAACUAAUGCAGCCUAAACCCUCUGAAGAUUUAUAUUAUGGAAGAGUAGUGUAUGCAAGAUUAAAAAGAUGCGUCUUUAGUCUAGAUUUAAACUGACAGAGUGUGUCUGCCUCCCGGACAGUGCAGGGAAGACUAUUCCAAAGUUUAGGCGCUAGAUAGGAAAAGGAUCUACCACCUGCACUUGAUUUUGAAAUUCUAGGUAUUACCAACUGACAGGACGCCUGAGAGCGUAAUGCACGUGAAGGACUGUAAUACAAAAGGAGUUCAUUCAAGUACUGAGGAGCUAAACCAUGUAAGGCUUUAUAGGUAAUAAGCAAGAUUUUAAAGUUAACGCGAUGCUUUAUAGGUAACCAGUGCAAGGUUGACAGAACCGGGCUAAUAUGUUCAUACUUUUUUGUACGUGUAAGAACUCGAGCUGCCGCGUUUUGGACCAAUUGGAGUUUUUGUAAUAAGCCUGCAGGGCAACCACCUAACAGUGCAUUACAGUAAUCUAGUCUUGAUGUCAUGAAUGCAUGAAUUAACUUCUCUGCAUCUGACAUUGACAGCAUAUGACGUAGUUUAGAUAUAUUCUUAAGAUGGAAAAACACAAUUUUACAGGUGUUGGCGACGUGGCUCUCAAAUGACAGAUUACUAUCGAAUAGAACGCCAAGAUUCUUUGCUGACGACUCAACAUAUAAACUCAUGGAAACAUACAUUACAAUAUUUUAUAAUCAUUAUCGUACCAGAUGGAGCGCUUCUCACGCGGUAGUGUAUGUACUGUAAACAAAAUCGAAAUUGGACACAUUUAUUAUUAUUACAGCCGACUGAUGCAGGCGACAGCACAGUGAGCAGCAAGAAAGAAAAGUUUUAUUUACUUUUAUUUUGAAUUAUGGCAGGUAUAAAAUCAAGUAUUCAUUCGUUCGUGUGGGAGUGCAUUUAGUGCUUAUGUCAGCAUGGCUGUGAUUAGGGGGAGUCAUGAGGCCUCAGACCGAGUCCACUGCUGAUCCUCCCUUUCGAAGCAUUACGGUGCCUGGCACAAUGACAAAGAUGUCGUCACGUUUUCACUUCUUUGCCAAGGAGGAAACAUUUAGUUUGUCCGUUUAGGGCUACCACAGAAACAUACAAUAGCUCAUUCUAAGAAAUGAUGGAAGUGAAUGAUGCAGAUGGGAAACAUCAGAAUGUGAAAAAUACAAGUCCGUAUGUUUCAAGAGAAGGAACUCUGAGAGCAGGAGAUAAAAAGCGUGGAAAGAGAUCCUCAGAAGUUGGACAGAUGAGAACUCACAGAGGAGAAAAAACAUUUGCAUGUCAUCAGUGUAAAAAGAGUUUUCCAGGUGAAGCACAACUUGAGAGACACAUAAAAAAUCACACUGCAGAGAAACCCUUCACAUGUCAACAGUGUGGGAGGGGUUUCACAAGUGAAAGUGCCCUUCAGAUACACAUGAGAAAUCACAUUGCAGAGAAACCAUUCACAUGCCAACAGUGUGGGAGGGGUUUCACAAGUAAAUGUGCCCUUCAGAUACACGUGAGAACUCACACUGGAGAAAAACCAUUCACGUGCCAACAGUGUGGAAAGAGUUUUACAAUUAUGAGUAACCUCAAGAGACACAUGACAAUUCACACGGGAGAGAAACCAUUCCCGUGCCAACAGUGUGGAAAGAGUUUUUCAGGCACUGGUCACCUUAAGCUACACAUGAGAGUUCACACUGGAGAGAAACCCUUCACAUGCCUUCUGUGUGGAAAGAGUUUCAGAUGUGCAGCUGACCUUAAGGCACACAUGAGAGUUCACACCAGAGAGAAACCCUUCAAGUGUGAUCAAUGUGAAAAGUUUUUUGCAACGAAAUAUAACCUAAGAAACCACAUGAGUAUCCACGCUGGAGGUAAACCAUUUUCAUGUCAUCAGUGUGAGAAGAAGUUUAGAUAUGAAAGUACACUCAAGACUCACAUGAGGAUUCACACUGGAGUGAAACUAUACACGUGUGAUCAGUGUGGAAAGAGUUUCACAGUUGCAGCACAACUUAAGAUACAUGUGAGAGUUCACACUGGAGAGAAACCCUUCAUGUGUCAUCAGUGUGAAAAGAGAUUUUCAAGUAUGGGCAGCCUGAAGGAUCAUUUGGGAACUCACACUGGAGAGAAACCGUUUGCAUGUCAUCUGUGUGGAAAGAGCUUUAGAACUGGCAGUCAACUUCAAGAACACAUGAGAGUUCACACUGGAGAGAAACCGUUCACGUGUCAGCAGUGUGAAAAGUGUUUUUCAAGUACCAGUGGCCUUAAGAUACACAUGAGAAGUCACACUGGAGAGAAACCCUUCAUGUGUCAUCACUGUGAGAAGUGUUUCUCAAGUACCAGUGGCCUUAAGAUACACAUGAGAAUUCACACUGGAGAGAAACCCUACUCAUGUGAUCAGUGUGGAAAGAGUUUCACAAGUAAAGGAAGCCUUCACAGACACAUGAGAACUCACACUGGAGAGAAACUUUACCCAUGUGAUCAGUGUGAAAAGUAUUUCAGAUCUGGCUAUCAGCUUCAGAGACACGUGAGAGUUCACACUGGAGGGAAACCAGGGUGGUGGUGUGCAGAUGGAGAGAGCGUUAAAUGGUUUGAUGUAAACAAAUGGACGACUGUGAAAGUCAAAGACGCACGUUCUCACUUCACUGCAACUAUUGAAGAGAUUAUUCACAGCAGAGAUUUUGAGUUUGUUUUACCCAAUUGAUUGAUAAAAUAAAGUUUUUCUAGAAUUUCUAA